GACUGCGUUGAGGCCGCCUGGCUCACAAAGACAGGUGGGUGGGGACAUCCAGAUUCUUCAUCUACAAAAUUAGGCAUUGGGGAGGUGGGAAAAGAGGAGAUAGCCCUCAAGAUCCGUCAUGGAGAAGAUCUCAGUGUCAGCAUUCUUGCUGCUUGUGGCCCUCUCCUACACUCUGGCCAAAGACACCACCAUCAAACCAGGGGCUAAGAAGGACACAAAAAACUCUGGACCCAAACUGCCCCAGACCCUCUCCAGAGGUUGGGGUGAUCAACUCAUCUGGACUCAGACAUAUGAAGAAGCUUUGUUCAAAUCCAAGACAAGCAACAAACCCUUGAUGAUUAUUCAUCACUUGGAUGAAUGCCCACACAGUCAAGCUUUAAAGAAAGUGUUUGCUGAAAAUAAAGACAUCCAGAAAUUGGCAGAGCAGUUUGUCCUCCUCAAUCUGGUUUAUGAAACAACCGACAAACACCUUUCUCCUGAUGGCCAGUAUGUCCCCAGAAUUAUGUUUGUUGAUCCAUCCCUGACAGUUAGAGCUGACAUCACUGGAAGAUAUUCAAAUCGUCUCUAUGCUUACGAACCUUCGGAUACAGCUCUCUUGCUUGACAACAUGAAGAAAGCUCUCAUCUUGCUGAAGACUGAAUUGUAGAGAAAAAAAUAAAAUCUACAAACGCUUCCCUCUGUGUUAGGCUUUGAGACUUGGAAUCAGAAGAGAUGUUAGAAGACUGUGGAGAAAGCAGAAGUCGUGGUGAACCUACUGGUUAGAUUAUGGUGUCAUGUUACGAGAGCUUUUAUUUUUAAACUUGGUUUUAAGUAUACAUGUAUGAAAACAAUAUUGGAUACUACCAUAGUGAGCCAUGAUUUUUUAAAAAAUAAAUCCUUUUAGGGGUGUUCAAACUGUUACCUUUUUUCUCCCCCAACUUGGUCUUUCACAGAAAAGCUAUUCAGUUCAUUCACCAAAUAGGACUUUUGGACACAAAAUGUUCAGAAAAGGGACAAAAUGAGUUCAAGUAAUGAAGACCCAAAACAGUCAAAGUUAUCAUCUCAUCUCACUAUAGUUCCUCACUGGGUGACUUGAAGUAGAUAUGAGCUUGAACAACAGAUGCACCAAACGAUAUGUUUUAGUGUGAAAGAAUAUCGAGAAAGGUAUCACGAGAGAAUCAGUGCCGAACUGAAGACAACCCCUCUUCACCCCAGCCAGCAACACCGAUGUAUACACUUGAAUUUAGCAAUUCAGUUUUAGUUAGAUUUUGCUCUCAGAGAAAGCCUCUGAUGGGUAGUUUUCUCCUUCAGUCGACUGAUCUUGUGAGAAGGGCAUUCAAAGAAUGUCUGCAUCCUUGAACACACCUCAAAAAAACCCUAAGAAUCAACCUCAGAAUAUAUGUGUUCCUUAAGGUUUGAGAGUACUGGCCUGAAAUAAAUCCAGAUGAUUUGUUCUCAUCUUAUUCACCAAAAUGUGACUGGCUGUGGGAAGAGGAAAGGGCAGCGAUACCACGUCUUGAGGGGUAGAGAUCAGAGGUCGCUGCUUAUCUUUGGAAAAGUUUAGCGAGGGAGUGGCAUCAGAUAGGGAGAGACUUUACCUACUUUUAACUCUUUAUUCUGCCUGACAAAAGUUAGAACUGUAUAUUAACUUCUUCCCUACAUAUUUAAUCUCACAUUCAUUGUUACAUACAAUUCCUUUAUUACCCAACUCUCACUGCCUUCUUUAGUCCCUGAAUGGCUGUGGUGAUCCAUGCAAUGCUAUGCAUAUUAUCUAUUCCUUGUCUUAAUUAACUUUUGUUUGUCUGGAGAGAUCCUUUUCUGAAUAGAUCCUUUGGCAUUAUGAACUUUUCCAGUCAACGCUUUUAAAAAUAUUUUUCUCUCACACGGUUGUCAUAGGGCUCUGCACAAAGAGGUUCUAAGCAUACAUUGCUGAUUUAAUAGCAUACAAAUCCUCAACAAAAAUAUCACCAGAGGGACUGGGCGCCCUUCUCCUAAGUAGGUAGCCUACAUGUGCUUUAAAAGGUAAAACAUCCCAUUUAGUAAGCGCUCUGAUGGUUAACUGGAGGAAAGAAAGAGUUUCCUUGAAAACAAAAUUUUUUAAGUGAAAGCAAGUUUAUUUAGAGAGGUACACAUUCCCCAGACAGAACAUGGUCUGUCUCAGAAGGGAGAGCGGCCAAAUACUUUGAAUGACAAUUUGUAAGCUAUUCAGGUGUCCUCUAUUGUACAGCAAAAUAAUACAUGUGUUUUUUUAAAUUGGGCUGAUGUGUGAAAUAAGAUUAAGUCCUUAAAAUCUGUUGAAUGAUAAAAUGUUCUUUUAACAACCCAUGUAAUUAAAAAUAAAUAAAUAAAUCUUUGAAAAUUCAAA